CUUUUAGACUGAGUGUCAGUCAUCAUGGAGGAAAGCAGGCGACUGUAGCCCAGAGAAGAGGACAAAAACGCUGCAGCCUGCCGCCUCCCGCCUUCCGUUUUGCCUCCUUAUUAUCCCAAAUCGGUGAUCACUCAACUGCACCAGCACCGGAGACACCUGAGGGGUAACAGCGGCCGAGAUGAAGCAUUUCCUGAGAGUUGUGACCCAGUUCUUUGUGUUCCUCUACUGCAAGUGUCUUUGGCGGGGCCUAAAGUUUGUUGUCAGAAAGUUUACAGGACGCUGCGAGCUGCAGCGAAUCUGCUACAACAACAAACAUGGAGCCCGCAGGACCCUCAAGAUAGAGUCAUCUCUGAGGUACUCCAAGAAUGAGCUGCUCCAGUCUGCCCUCGGCGUCCAUCCUGAUAAAGUGGAGAAAACCAUCGAUGACAUCAUGGCCUUGAAGAAAAUUAACCCUGACACCAACCCACAGCUCGGCAUCUCUCUGCAGGCCAGCCUGCUGCAGAUUGUGGGCUACAGGAGCCUGGUGGCAGAGGUAGAGAAGCUACGCAGGGAGCCUUAUGACUGCGAAAAUCCUGAGCAUGAGGAAAUGCUGAUGAAGCUAUGGAAAGAGCUGCGCCCUGACACACCUCUCACGGGUCGCAUAUCCAAACAGUGGUGUGAGAUUGGUUUCCAGGGCAGCGAUCCAAAGACUGAUUUCAGGGGCAUGGGACUGCUGGGCCUGCACAACCUGCUGUAUUUUGCUGAACACGACAAGGCUACCGCCCUGCAGAUGCUCCAUGAUUCCCUCCAACCAAAGCACAAGAGCACACACAGAAAGCCAAGCGAGGUAAACAAGCCUGAAUGGGAACAGAAGAACCUUGACAAAGCGAUUGGGUAUUCCUUUGCCAUUGUGGGCAUCAACAUCACAGACCUGGCCUACUCUCUGUUGGUGAGUGGAGCUCUGAAGACCCAUCUGUACAAUGUGGCUCCAGAGAUGCCCAGCCUGCUGCACUUCCAGCAGACCUUCUGUUACCUGAUGCAGGAGUUCCACCGCUUCUGGAUUGAGGAGGAUCCCAGCGACAUCAUGGAGUUUAACCGAGUCCGCUCCAAGUUCCACCGAAGGAUCCUGCGACAGCUGAAGAACCCAGACAUGGCUCUGUGCCCCCACUUCUCUGCCUCCGAUCUCCACCUUGUCAACCUCUAAACACUCCCUUGGUCCCAUGUCUCCCCCACCAUCACCCUCACUGAGCCCUUCAUACCCCUACAGAGGUCUCCCUUUUUCAUAAACCCCCACAGAGGUCUCCCUUCUUCAUAAACCCCCAUAGAGGUCUCCCUUCUUCAUAAACCCCCACAGAGGUCUCCCUUCUUCAUAAACCCCCACAGAGGUCUCCCUUUUUCAUAAACCCCCACAGAGGUCUCCCUUAGAUGUCUGGUAGGCCAUCAAUAAAUCAGAAACAGCCUCACACUCGCAGAGAUGGUUCCUCCAACUGCUGGACAUAUCUGGGAAGGCUCUGUUCCAUGUCUGCUCAGCCCAACACGUCCCAGCUAAUGUCAUGUCGCAUCACUGCCAACAGCUUAACUCAACCACACACACACUCACACACACACAAACAGAAUCUAACCUUAGACAGGAUCUUAAUAAUUUAAAAUGGGGACUUUUCCCUCAGACUUCCCACAUUGUAAACAGAUGUUUGACCCCAAAAAAUAAAUUAAAAAAAGAAGUGCACACACAUACACACUGCCUAUCUGCCCUCACUGCAGCGUUAGACCACCAGCAUCAGAGAUGACCAUAGCGAUUGUAGCUGUGCAUGAGGAGGCUGGCACCACACCAUCACUACACUCAUUGUUGUUGCUUUAAGGACUCAUAACGAUUGUAUCACAGCCGUUACACCUCAGUUAUGAACCCUUUUUGUUUAAUUUAAUAACAAACCAAAUUUACUUUAUCAGCCAAAAACAGAUAGAUUGCGACGUAUUGAUCAGCAGUUUGGAAUAUUUAGACGGUUAGCGCACUGACUAUCAGAGACGAAGACAUAUAGAUAUAUGAAAAGGUGUGAUUUAUGGGGCAGGGGGGUGUUUUUUAUCCUUUUUGGGAGGGGAUGAAUUCCAUCUAAGUUCAGGAGCUGCUGAAUUUCCAAAAAAAUCCCUCUGAAUCUCUAUUUAAAUUUCAAUUUGCAUCUCAGUCUCAUGUUUUUGUCUUGUGGACACAGCAGGAUGCAAUCAAACAUAAUAUAAACGUUUAUCCCAGUUUUAUAUGUCAUUUGGCCACACUUAAAUAUUUUAUAUCCAGUUAAAUUGGAGCGGGACUCCCACAAGAUCUUCUGUCACAGUGGUGCUGUGUCUAUUUCUGACUGUUUUGAAGUUGCAUUCAGAAAAUUACUUAGCAGAUAAAUUCUGCCCCAAUUGGGACUAAAAAUAAUUCAGCAGAGAUGCAAUAUGUAGACCAGAGGAGAAAAAUCCCCCUCAUCAAAUCAAGGUUUGAGAGAACUUUUGCUGGUGCUGUUUCAGUCAAACCAUAAAGGGCCACUUCACCUCGAAACUCUGUUUUACGAACUGCCACAGAUGGUGUCUGAAUGACAUCAACACCUAAGAUUUCUCCUUGCCAAAAUAUCGAAUGUGGAGCAGCAGUUUUGCUUAAAUUUCAUUUUUGCAAACCUGCUAAAUUGUGUUUAUAAAUAUUUUAUGAACCUUACUCGAUGUGUGGCAUUUGGCAGCCCUGCUCCCAGCUUGGACAGUAGAAAUCUAAAUAUGUAUGUUGUGAACAUUUUCUACAGGUUUGCAAAAGCUUUUUGCCUUUGAUUUGACUCCAUGCAGAGAUUCUGUUAUGAAUGUUUCUCACAUCCACGAUUGUUUGAUUCUUUUUGUAUUCAUUGAAUGUGACACUGUGUCCACUGUUGUAUCAGCCAAAGCAAUAAUUUACACUCAUUUCACUGCACAUUUCUUUAAAAUGUGUUUAUUUGCACCAUGCGUGCCUGAGUGUUUUGUUUAACUUUCUGACUCAGAGCUGGAAUACUAAUCAGUUUACACAAGCCACAUGCAGAGCUGAAUAGAGGUGAAAUGUCACCACAUUAACUUUGAAACAUUAGUAUAAUUACCGUAGACAAAGGUUUCCUCGACUGUGGCAGCGAUUGUGCUGCGUUUAACAAUGCUGGAAUUUGGCAAGACAUUUAAAUGCAGAGUUGCUCCAUAGGGAGUUUAUUAAGUGACUGCUGCUAAAACAGAGGAGAGCUGACAGUGAAAGUUUAAAAUGCAACACGAUGGAGGUGUUGACCUGCCAGUCAAUACACCACCUGCAGAGCUCUCACUGUCACACUGACCAAAAUGUUUUUCUUUCCUUUGUGCUACCAUCAGCAAUCUGACUGAUGGGGGCAUCAGCCUCCUAGUGAGAGCAAUAGGACGCUGAUGGUGCAGAUUUUUCAUAUUUUUGUUUAAAGUUAACUCCUAUUUUUAUUAAAAAAACACGUUUAAGAUGUGCAAGAAUGACCUGAACAAGAAAACUAUGAGAAAUACACUCGCUGGCUACUUCAUUAGGUACACAGUUCAACUCCUUGCUAAUGCAAAUGUUAAAUCAAACACAUGGAAGCAGCUCGGUGUAAUUAGGAAUAUAGACAUGGUCAAGAUGACCUGCUCAAAAUUACUAAAUGAAUUGGAAAAAGAAGACUGAUAAUUAUAUCUGAUGACUGUGAAUUUCUGCUGCCACAUUCAGAUGGUAGGGUCAGCUGAGCAUUGUUUAGCCACCAAGCUGCCUAGCUGAAUAUGGUUGAUAACUGUGUACAUACCUUUAUGAUCGUAGUCCACCUAUCUUCUAAUGGCUGCUUCCAUUAGGUUAAUGUGUCAUGUUGCAAAGCUCAAAUCAUCUCAAACUGGUUUCUUGAGCAUCAAAACGAGUUCACUCUACAUAAAUGUUGAUAAAUACAUUUUACAGUGUUUAUUUAUCAGAUAAAAUACGUUAAAUGUCACCGUUGUUAUUGGCUGGCCGGAAACAGCAGGGGUGUCCAAAUUCAGAGGCUACUUCCACCUGAGGACCCGGCCUUCGCGGUCUAAAGAAAGCCGGGUAGUACGUCACGAGCUCUCUCGGUGGAGUGAAACUCUGCCGUCUGCUCCUUGCUAUCUAAAAUAUAACCGGGCGCUGGCGUAAAUUCUUGACCAUCUCACACUUCUGUUUAAUAAGUUUUCUGUUUGACGUUUAUUCAGCUGUGUGAAAACCCUGGAGGAACCAUCCCGAGGGAUUACUAAAGUUAAAUUUAAUCUAAUCUAAUCUAAUCUAAUCUAAUCUAAUCUAAUAACUUUAAUCACAGCCAAACCGAUUUACUCACGAACAAAUUAAACACUGAAAAAGUCAAACAAUAACAUUUUUAAGUUAUCAAAAUGACUUAUAUAUCAUGUUUAACCCGAGUAGCGAAAGACCGCGGGGGUUUGAAAAUGAUGUGCCGGGAGUUCGGUGUUCUCGCCGGCUCAGAUAUUUGAAGUUUACACAGCUACAUUCUCACCUGAAAAUAUGUUAAAAGUUUUUUUGCGACCCAGAAAGAGAAAUAAGAGUAAUAUUAAAAUUAAGUAGCUGCCGCCAUUGUUGGAAACUGGAAUUGACUGGGCCGCGCUAUGAAUUCUGCGAUAUGGUUUUUCAAUUUUGUUGUCUGGGUGGAAAAUCGGGAGAAAUUCAGGAGAAUGGUGGCUCCGGGAGAUUUUCGGGAGGUGCACUGAAAUUCGGGAUUCUCCCGGAAAAAUCGGGAGGGUUGGCAUGUAUGGUUACUGGUAUGAGGUGGCCAGUGAGUGGAUCACAUAUUAGCAUUCCGGAAAAAUGCAGUUAAAUAUUUAGAUUACAUUCUCAAUGAGAACCCUAAUUAACAUUUUUAAUUGAUUGCUAUUUUAUUACUGAUGUGAGAACAGAUUGUAACAUAACUUAGAAAAUGAUUCCUGUGUUAAACACGGAGUGGGAUUUGUCCUUGAAAAUCCAAAGCAUGACCUUUAUGCUAGCUCCAGAGUGCCUUCCCUUACCACCUCUCAUUCACUCCCAAAGACAAGAACUAAUCAAUGCUAACUUAAAUAGAGUCCACUAAUCCUGUACACCAACGAAGGCUCCAACACACAGUGCAAAAAUCCAAAACUGAUGUGGAUUCAGACAGUUUUAGGUACAACUUUAGCGAUUAAGCUAAUAACGGUUAGCCGGCUAGCAGUUACAUUAGGUAGCUAGCAGCGAUCUAGGCAACCGUGGUUAUGCUAUUAUUUUGAAGGAGUACUUAAAUUAUCCUAAUCUAUCCUAAUUAAUUGUCACUGGGACAUAAAAACCUACAUGGCUAAAAUCACCAGUCAAAUCUAAACUAAACCAAAACAAGGGUUUAAAAGCUGUUCCCCCUGAAAGUUACACUUCUGCCAUUACUGCUGUUGUAGAUUUUUCUGAUAGAGUUCAUAAAAAAUGUUCUUUUUUUCUUAUAAUGUUUCUGGGUUUAGUAGAUAAAAUAACAUAAGCUAAGUGUCUCUCUUUGGCUAAUGUUAUGUAACAAUGAUAUUUAGCAGUUACUGGCUUUUUUCUGUUUGAUGUUAACAUUAAGCCUGAAGACACCCAGGUUAAUCUAGUAAAGUUCUGCAAGCCAAAAGAAGACAUGGCCGAUGUUAGGGCAAACCUAGGGUCAGCAUCAGCAGGGCAUUUAAUUGAUAGAGGGAUCUUCAUUUUAAAUUUGAUGACCCUGAACUCUUGUUCUUCAAUUCUUGCUCUGUAAUUCUUCAUUACGAUUUCUUUUUUAUUAAACUGUUUUCUAAUUCACAAAUAGGGAAAAAUACAUGGUCUAAACAACAUGAACAAAACUUUGUACAGGAAAUAUUUUCCCCUCUUGAUAUUCAGCAUGUGGACCCACUAGGACGACUGCAGCUGUCUUAUUUGUCACACAGCUGUUACCUGAGGUCCUUUUGUAGAGACAGACUUGGAUAAUA